UCUACUAUCUAAAUAGUGACUUGUGUCAAUUAUUAUGAAAACAAUAAUUAUUAAUUAUUGUAAUAUUUCUUGGCUUCUUGCUAGUCGCCAUAAAUAAAAUAAAUAAUAAUAUCAAUUCAAUUUUUAAAUCGCUCUGGAUCGACUAUUAAGUACUUAUUAGUCAAUUAAAAUAAUCAAAAAUUUUUAUUUUCAAUCAUAAUUUGUUAGUGUCUACAAUAGUUGUGAAUUGUGGGUUUUGGAAAAAUUGGCUCAGCUUUUCAAUAAUACCUUAUGGAGGACAAAUUACCAUCUAAGGAAACUCAUGUAUGGACUUUGAGCGAUUUUAUUGAACGGCGCAAAGAAUGGGAUCAAGGCGAUGAAGCACGAUUAGCGGAAUACCUUCAACAACUGUCUAAUAAAAUAACUCAAGGUGCUAAGAAUACGUUAAAUGAAUUGGACGAUUUAGUAGCCAGCAUAGAUGAUACUGCAGUUCAAAUAGCAAACAUCAAUAAUGAAUUUCAGUUAUUAGCAGAUAAACAGUUUAUAGAAAAUAAAGUUCAGGACGAGGAUGAGACAGUGCAAACUCAAGUUGAAGUAAAUAAACCAGUGUUACGAGAAAACAAUCAAGCUGAUACAUUGGUAAAUAAUAUAAAAGAAGCUCUUAAAAAUAGCUUUGAAGCUAUUGAUACUCACUUUGAGAAAAUAACUGUUGUUGUUAGUGAUUCUGAUGACAAUGAUGAUGAACUUAGUCAUGAAGAAACUGUUUUAAGGCCAAAAAUAUUUUACAAAAAAUUAAAUCUUCCUUCUUUAAGUGGUAACACAUUAUCUGAAAUAGUAGUAGAUAAUACUAUGUUUUCAGAUUCAGAUUCUGAUGUUGAACAACCUACAAAUACAUUUAAAGAUCAGGAAUCGUUAUCUAGCAAUGAUGUACCCGAAGAAGAUAUUUAUUCUAUUAGUGUAUCAAAAAAUACAUAUGAACCUAAUCUUGAAUCAUUAAAUACCAAUAAUAUUAUUUUUGAACCAGAAAAACCUAAAUCUAAAAAUAUUCCCACAUAUGCAGAUUAUGAUGAAGAUGAUUUAUUUAGUCCACCACCUUUAAUUAAUGAUGAUGAAGAUGACAAUUUAGAAAAUGAAUAUAAUAUAUUUGGUAAUGGUAGUAAUAAUGUGUUUGGUGAAAACAACUUGUGGGAUGAUAUUGAUGAUGAUGGCAAUGAUGAUUUUUCAAAUGAACCACCUUUACCGAUAUACACCGAUCAACCACCUCUGCAAGAACCUCAAUCUAAUACUCAAGUAAAGAUUGAAGUACCAAAUAUACAACAGACACUGAAUGAUGAACUGCGAAAACGAUUCCAAAAAGAUAAUACAUCUUCUUCGUCAGAUAAUUUAAAUGUCACAUCGUCCAAAAUAAAAUUACCCAAAGGAGCUGUUAAUAUUCUUGGUGGAACUGAUAAAAACCCAUACAUUUCGAGUCCUUCUCCAAACAUAAAACCAUCGACAAUACCUGAAAUAAGUAAAAAAAUAGCUGUAACAACACAGAAUGAUACUGCUGAAGAUAUUAAAAAAGAUUUUAAUAUUUCAAAUAAAACUGUUGACAAUUCCAAUCCAAAUUCAGUGACUGUGGCACAUAAAGAUUUAAUAAAAGAAACUAAACCAUUAAAAAAACGAUCGCUCUUUGAUCAAGACUCAGAUGAUGAUGAUUUGUUUACCAAAAAACCAGUAACAGUUUCUCCAACUUUAAAACAAGAAGUUUUAGAUUCUAAAAAAAGUUUGACUAAAGAUAAAAUUUCAUCAAGAAAUAUAUUUUCAGAAUCAGAUUCAGAUGAAGAAUUUAUGGAUUCAAAACUGAAAACAAAAGAAUUAGUUUUCCAUUCUACAACUGAUAAUAAAUCUUCAAAACUUUUAGACUCUUCAUCUGAUGAUGAUUUAUUUAGUAAUAAAUCUAUAAAUAAAAUAAUACCAAAACAAAUAUCUGUUCUAAGUUCUACACCAACACAUGUUGAGGUAUUAAAUAAAUCAAAUGAAAUAAAACAUGUAUCAAACCCCCCCAUAGAAGAAAAUAAAGUUAAAGGUAAAUUAGAUAAGGAAAAUAUUGAUGAAUUAAGUUCUAGUGUAUCUGAUAAUAUAGUUACCAAACAGGAAUUAUUACCCAACUAUAAUACUUUAAAUAGUAAUAUUAUGGAAUCUUCAAAUAACAGCAACAUGACAAUACAAAGUAAUCAAAAGCCUUCAAAUUCACAACAGACAAAAAAGUUAAGUAAUUUUUUUUCAUCGGAUGAAGAUGAUACUGAUGAUGAUACAUUGUUUAAUGUUAAUAAAUCAAAUAAAGAUAAUAUUAAAAAAAAUCAACCGGUUUCUAAUGCAAGUGAUUUUAGUCAAAAUACAGAUAGUGAAAUUCAUGGACAGAAAGUAAACUUAUUUGAUUCUUCUUCUGAUGAUGAUCUAUUUAUUACUAAUAAACCAAAUUACAGUUUUAAAUCCUCUAAAAACAGGUUACAAUCUAGUUCUAAUGAAAUUGAAAAUAUAAGUAUCUCAAAAGAGACUAAUGAUUGUGCCAUAAUAAAUAAAGUACCAAGUAUUGAUAAAAUAAAUCAAAUGGAAAAUGACAUAGAUAAAAAAAGUACCAACAAUUUUAGUUUAUUGUCUGAUGAUGAAGAUGAAAAUUAUUUGUCUUUUGAAAAAAAUAUUUCUGAUGCCUUAAUUAAUGUAUCUAAUAAUCAAAAUAUAAAUGAAAAAAUAUCAACUAUAAGUUUGUCAUCUGAAGAAUUUUUAAGUCCACAAAUGGAUCAAAACAAUCAAGGUAUGUUUCAGAAUACACCACCUGAUAGCUUAGAAAAUAGUGAAAAUCAUGAUUUAUUUAGCCAAGAAGAAACUCAUAUGCCUAAUAAUGAAAAUAUAAUCCAAAAUAAUAUAAGUUCUAUAUUAUCAAGUAGUGAUGAUGAACAAAAAUUGAUUUCCAGUCCACAAAUUCAAAACGAUAGUUCUAAUAAAGAAACUAUAAUAAUUACUCCAACACUAAAUCUAUCACCAGAAAAGUUACUUAUUAGUAAUAAUCAAGAACUAUUGAAAGAAAAAGAUAUAAAUGCGUCCAAUAUUAUAAAAAUACCUAGUUCUUCAGAAAACACAAUUCAAGAUAUCAAAAAUUCUAUACUAUCAAGUAGUGGUGAACAACAAUUUUCUUUUAAUUCUAAACCUGAAAAUGUGAAUAAAAUUCAGGAAAUUGACACAAUUCGUCCUACACCAGACUUCUCUUCUAAGGAUUCUAUUGAUGGACCUUUUUUCAGUUCGCCAAAUUCAAGAAAUGAAACUAUAAAAAAACUUCCAGGAAAAUUAAAUAAAAAUGCUGGGGCAUUUAUAAAUAUUGCUACUCUACUUCCCAAUGCUAAAAGCCCAUUGAAAAUAUCGAAUAUUCCUCGAUCAGUUUCAUUGGAUGAGAAAAAUGAUGCAUUACCUACUGAUGGAACAAAGCUUUUUAGUGCUGAAAAAGAAAGAGCCAGAAUUCAAGUAAAAAGACGUCCACAAAGUCGAAAAGCUAGAAUAGCUGCUGCUCGUAUGUCAUCUAUAGAUGUUGGUUCCGAAACAAACUUUGAAGAAUCAUCUCGCCUAUACGUUUCAACAUCUAAUUUAGUUGACUAUCAAUCUAGUCCAAUACUAAAUAACGAUAUUACAGAUACAGAUUCUUCAAAUGAAGUUAAAAAUAUAAUCCAAGUACCAUUUAAUGAUAAACCACUUACGCCUAAUGAUAACGAUAAUAAAAUUUAUGGAAAUAUUGAAAAAAUAGAAUCAAAAUAUAAACUUACAAAAAAUUUAUUUGAUGAGGAUUCAGAUCCAUCUGAGUCAAUUCAACAAGAAUUAGAUAAAAAAGAUAGUAAUGAUAAUAAAAACAUAAUAUUAGGUGAUAAACUAUUAGAAUCAAAUAUAUCAGUGCAAGAACAAAUUCCUGUAAUUGAAUCAGUUCAUAAAAAACUUCUAGAGAAUGAACCAGUAAAAGAAAAACAAUCAGAAACUGAACCAGUAAAAGAAACACAACCAGAAACUGAACCAGUUAAAGAAAAACAACCAGAAACUAAACCAGUAAAAGAAAAACAACCAGAAAUUGAAUCGGUUAAUGAAAAACUUAUGGAAAUUGAACCAAUAAGUGAAACGCAAGUUAAAACAUUUAAUGUGAAAGAAUUAGAAGAAAAUAAAUCUAAGAUUUCAAAUACCUUGUUACCUCAGAAAUCCAAUUCUUUAUUUGAUGAUGAUGAUGAUGAUGAUUAUCUAUUUUCUAGGAAAUCUGAUAAAGUAAAUAAACCGUCAUCGAAUAUAUUUGAUAGUGAUGAUGAAUUUGAUUUUAACCAAAAAUUUACAAAAAAGAACUCAGAUAAAACCAAGUCAAUAUUUGGUGAUGAUAGUGAUGAUGAUCUAUUUAAUUCCCCCAACAAACCUUCAGGAAGUAAUUUAACUUCUCAAAAACCAAUUGGUGAUAAAUUAAAUCAGCGACAAAAUCGAUCUAGUGGUGAUGGUUACGUAAAACUUGCUGCCGAAAGUGUUGCUGUUAAUCCAUUAGAAUUUAAGAAGGAUUAAAAUAAUUAAAUAUGUUAUUUCUAUUUUGUUUUUUAUACGUUUACAAUUUUUGUAUUGGAAUUUAUGUGAUAUACACGUAUGUGAAAAACAAAUUUGAUACUUAUUUAAAGUUUUGAACUUUUGAAACAAAAAAAAAAAAAUCAAUAUUAAAUGUAAUUAUAUUAUGAACAAUCUGAUUAGAGCUUUAUUUGUUUUGCUCACUCAUUUACUACCAUAAUUAUCAUGGAUUAAUUUGUUUAUAGUUAAUGUUUUGUUUUCCCAAUUUUAUUAUGUUUUAAUUUGAUUUGCCAUUAUUAUAUUACUAUCACUGUGUAAUGUUAUAUAUUACCCUAUUAUUAUUAUUACAUCAUGGGUUGUUAAUUGUUAUGUUAUAAUUUUGUUAUACAUUAUUUAUUUCAAAUAAUAAAAUAUAUAUAAAUAUUAUGCGUAA